AUAUCAGCCUAGGCAACGAUCCUGACCGUCGGAUCAUGGCACAGGGCACUCUGGCGAUUCUCGAACCGAACGGACCGGGCUUCGCCGUGAGCUGCCCUUCCCCCCUCCGCUUCGAGGCCCCGAAGACGGCGGCGGCAGCAGCAGCAGUGAAGGAGAGGGCGAAAGAUGGCCUUUGUCAAAACUCAGAAGACCAAGGCUUACUUUAAGUGCUUUCAAGUCAAGUACAAGAGAAGGAGAGAGGGCAAGACUGAUUACCGUGCACGGGUCAGGCUGAUUAACCAGGACAAGAACAAGUACAAUACACCUAAAUAUCGAUUUGUUGUUCGAUUUGCAACCUCGGAAAUUGUUGCUUUUCACUUUUCUUUUCCUUCUCUCUUUUUUUUUCGUUGCUUUUUUGGCAAUAAGAGUGAAGUUCUUAACAAAUAUGCUGUCAGACCAACAAGGAUAUUACUGCACAAAUUAUAUCUGCAAGCAUUGCUGGUGAUCUAGUCCUUGCAUCUGCUUACUCUCAUGAACUUCCAUGCUACGGACUCGAAGUUGGUCUUACCAACCAUGCUGCAGGCUACUGGAGAGGACUUCUCUGUUGAACCUGCUGAGAGUAGGAGGCCUUUCCGUGCUCUUCUUGAUGUUGGCCUUGUGAGGACAACAACUGGCAACCGAGUUUUUGGUGCUCUUAAAGGUGCAUUAGAUGGUGGACUUGAUAUCCCUCAUAGUGACAAGAGGGACGAGAAACAACUUGAUGCAGAAGUUCACAGGAAUUACAUCUUUGGAGGUCAUGUUGCCUCUUACGUGAAGACCUUGAUGGAGGAUGAGCCAGAAAAGUAUCAGGUGCACUUCAGUGAAUAUAUCAAGAGAGGAAUUGAGCCUGAUGACAUGGAAGAGAUGUACAAAAAAGUUCAUGCUGCCAUCCAUGCAGAUCCAACCACAAUAAAAUCCACAAAGCAACCACCCAAGGAGCACAGGAGAUUUAACUUGAAGAAGCUUACAUACGAGGAAAGGAAAGCCAAACUCAUCGAACGACUGAAUGCCCUUAAUGCAUCUGCUGAUGCCAAUGAAGACGAAGACGACGAGUGAACACUUGAGUCAAAAGUGCUAGCCUUGUGUUGUAAUUUGCAGCAGUCCAGGCUUGUUUCACUGCAUCCUACUCUCAUCAGGCUCAUAGGCAAGUUCUCAUUUGCUAUCAAGUAUAGAUCGUGGAUUUGGUCCAACCAAUCCGACCAAACGCCGACAAUUUUGACUCAUGCAACUAAUAACUGCUUUUUAGAGGUUUAAUGAUAUGUGUGUUAUGUUGAAA